AUGGAAGUCUGUCAACAGAACGUGUUACCUCAAUGUAAUAUCGUAAUUCAUGCAGACACCAGAGAAGCUGAAAACUUUAGACCAAUGACAUGUCCACUCUGCAAAUCGGUACUGAAACUAUAUCAAAUACAUUUUGAUGAGAAAUUUUUAAUGUGUGGCAACGUUGAAUGUGUGUAUCCUAUUGGCAUCACGGACUACCAUAUUUAUAAAAUAGAUUGCUCAGAAGAAGUUGUAAGAAAUAGUGCUGGCUGUUCAUCUGUCACAUCAGAGUCCACAUUAUCAUAUGCCGAAUGGAUAGAAUUAGAAAAGACCAUGCAGAACGACAGUUUGCUCAGUCCAAGUUGUACCCCGCCACCCUCGCUUACAGAAAAGCCAAAAGAGAUGGAGAAGUUGGCAAAAAUAAAAGAACAAAUGAAAGCUGAAGAUCGAAUUCGAAGAAAUGUGAAAGAAAUUCAAGAGUUAAAUAAAGAACUAACCUAUGAUGGUUAUGACAGCAUAGACAGUGAAAAAUGGAUAAAGCAUAUUGCUAAAAUGGAAGAACGUUCUGGGGUACAGCUGCUGAAAGAAGAUGAACUGAAGAGGGUGAGAAAACCACAUAGUGCCAAAGAACUUAAAAUUGAUUUAGAUACGUCAGGGGAGGUGAUAUCUCUUAAAAUUGAUGUGUUAAAUAAAAAUAAACAGGUCUAG